GAAAAUUUCAAAACAUAGCGUUUUCUUCUUCUCGUGGUUCCGUGUCUGUCAGAUAUUUCUCAAGUGCGAAAAUGAUGCACAUGACAUUUUACUGGGGCAAGAAGGUGACGAUCUUGAUCGAUUCAUGGAAGACAGAUUCCUGGACGAGUUACUUUCUGAGUCUACUCGCCUGCCUCGUCGCUGCCGCGUUAUACCAGUACCUCGAGAAUCGUCGGAUUCGCCUGAAGCUCCUCGCCGGCGGCCGGAGGCCCUCGCCGGCGCCGGAGAUCCGCGCUCCUCUUCUCCGGUGGGGCGUCGCCGGCGACAAGGAGAAGUUGGGGGUCAAGUUUGCGGAAGCGGUUCUGUUCGGGGUUAACUCGGCGAUCGGGUACUUGUUGAUGUUGGCGGUCAUGUCCUUCAAUGGAGGGGUAUUUUUGGCAAUUGCGGUGGGUCUCACCAUUGGUUAUUUCUUCUUCAGGAAUGAAGGAGAGAAUGACGCGCUUGUUGUUGAUAAUAAUUCUUGUGCAUGUGCUUAGUGCUUGUUAAUAUCAUCUUACGUAAUGUUGCAAAAAUUUUAUUUUGGUAACAAUUUAGUGUCUGAAAAUUGUAUUUGUCCCGAAAGGAAAGGAUGAAAUUGUCGUAUUUUUUACAGAUUGGGACUAAAAUAAGAAUUUUCAUCUUUCAGACUACAUUUUCACCGGUUGGACCGAAAUGGUCAUUUACUGUGUAAUGUAAUGUCAUGCAUUUCAUGUAAUAGUGUAUUUGUGAAUUGGGUUGGUCUCUAAUUCUUUGAGAUCUGUUGUGCUGUGUAAUUUUGUGUUGAUGAAUGAAUGUGUAGUUGUGAGGUGUGAUCAAUGAAUGGGAGGUUUUAAUUCU